GGUGUCUCUCCUCUGCCAACCCUGAGCGAGGUGGUGCGGAGCCGAGCGUGUCCUUCCCCCCCUGUCAGUCAGUGUGCCGAGGCCGCUUGCCGCUCGGCACACACGCGCCCCCGCCAAGCCCCGAUUCGCUUGGGGCUUUGACAACACCUCCGCUUCCGCGACACUGCCUUGGACCCCCACGGGCAAACAAUUGGUGCAGACCAGAUCCCCUCCUGAUUGUCUCAUCUCAUCUCACCCUCCCUCCGUCCCUCCUCGUCCGAUCCUCUCCCCGCAAUACCAAGCAGCAUCGGCGUCAGCGUGCGACCAUCCCCUCACCUUCCUUCGAAGCUUUUCUUGCACUUCAUCUGACGUUCGGCACCUUGACCACCUGGUAACAACCUCCUUCAAGCUCUCGCCGACUCCCCCGCCACCUCCAUUCGCCAUGUCAAGAGGAAAGAAGAGCGGCUUUGAAUUUCUCUGCUGCGCUAUCCCGCUGAUCAAUGUGGGAGCCUACGUCACCGUUGUGGAGAUUGCCAUUGUCGCAUUCCUCGUCGGAAUCCUGGCCCUCGCACCUUCCUACUCCAUUGUCGCUGGUCUAGGCGUGAUACCCUCCUUCGGAAAGGCCAUUGUCUCGGCCCUGGGAUUCGUCACUGCCGUAUGGCAGAUUGUCGGUCUCGUCGCCGUUCGCAAAGAGGCGACUAAGCUCUACCACGCCUACACCAGGAUCACCACCCUGCUCACCCUAGCCAUCCUCGCCGCCACCAUUGCCUUCUUGGUAGUAGCCGCCACACAGCACGAUACCGCCCAGAGUGCCUGCAAUGCCUCUUAUGGCGCUACUCCCGCCACCACUUCGAGUGGUUACACCAGCUCUGCCAUCUCUGAGAACUUUGGUGAUCAGAUCUGCGACUACUUCAUCUGGGCUCAGAUCGGAGCAAUGGGUGGUCUGAUCCUGCUUUUGGGCCUCACCCAGCUGUACAUGUGCUUUGCCUUGGGAGCCUACGGUCGUGCACAGAGGCGAGCCACUCGAGACUACAAGACUGUCGGCGCAGGCGCACCCUACGAGUCAGCACCCGAUGACUCCUAUCCAUUGACCGCCCGCAACGCAGAGGGCAAAGUCGACUCGGGUGUAUGGGAGGACUCUCGUCGCAACUCCUUCUCGGCAGACGCAGCUUACGGUGCUGGACAUAAUCGUGCUGCAGGCCCCGCGAAUCGUUAUACGACUUAUGGCGACGCUACCCCUGGCUACUCUUCAGGCAUCGCUACUCCGCAAAACACCGAUGGAGAUAUCCGUGCUGGUUACGGAGCGCCCGCUGGGUACCCAACUGGCAAUGACUCUCAUUACGGAUCGGGAGCCGACUACCAAUCUACCUCAGCCCAUUAUGCAGAGCCUGCGUCGGGAGCAUAUGGCGCACCUGCUGCAGGCCAGUACGGACCGCGCACCGGUGCUUCCGCUCCUUACGAGACCUAUCACGCACAAUGAGGGACGGAAUCUCUGUGUCGUUUUUCCUCCCUCCCCUUCAGAUUGUACAUACAUCGCUCCGCUCGAGCAUCAUCCCAGACCAACGGACUUUUCCUACCUCCAUUCCUUCUCGUCUGACAGUUCCCUUCUCAUCGAGCGUGCUGCUCAACACUGUAGAUUGCACAUGAAUCCGUCCCCACAUAUGGCUGUAGCACAACCUCACUUCGCACCAAUUGUUCCAGUCAAUGACAUGAUAGUACAAACGGUCCAUUGUUUUCAGACAUACUGAUCAGAACACGUUCUCAUAAGAUUCGGGGAAAGGACAGUCGCCCGGUGACGUAG